GCAAGGGGCAAUAGAUGCUGGAUCAGUUUGAGAGUCCGCCUGUCCGAGCAGUGUUCCGCCCUCGUGAACUUCUGGAGAUAGGAGGAACCCGGCUGCAAAUCUACCCUGCUACAUACUGCCUCUGUCCACGGCCAACGUCUAGCCUCUUGUUUUUUAAAGGGGUCGUUAAGGAAUUAAUGAUCUAAAGGCACCACUGUACUUCACCAUAAAUUCCUUCGUCGUUUUCAGUACAUGCUUUACACCUGGACUUCCAUUGCGUGGGGAGAGCUCGCACUUUUUGUCAUAUUUACUCUUCUCGAGGAUAGUACCUGUACCCAUACUGAUGGAACAGGGUCAUUCCAACGCUCUCAAGCAGCCCCCUAGUACCACGUAACAUUACCUUGAGGAACGCGUCCAUUGCUGGCUCCCAACAAACAUGGACUGUUUUCCCAUGCUUUAUUUUCUGUCGAGACAUCAUGAUUCCUGGUAAUCGAAUGCUGAUGGUCAUUUUAUUAUGCCAAGUCCUGCUGGGAGAGAGCAAUCAUGCUAGUCUGAUACCUGAGGAAGGGAAGAAGAAAGCGUCGGGCCUGCAGGGUCGGACGGCUGGUCAGAGCCAUGAACUGUUGCGGGACUUCGAGGCCACACUGCUGCAUAUGUUCGGGCUGCAGAGGCGCCCGCGACCCAGCCGCUCAGCCACUGUGCCACGCUACCUGCUGGACCUCUACCGGCUUCAGUCCGGGGAGGCGGAAGAGGCCGGAGCCCAUGAUGCCUCUUUUGAGUACCCGGAGAGAUCGGCGAGCCGCGCCAACACCGUGAGAGGUUUCCACCACGAAGAGCACAUGGAGCGGGUUCAUUCAGGUGAGCCUCAGGCGAAGAACGGCGAGACCCUCCCGCUGCGUUUCGUCUUCAACCUCAGCAGCAUCCCAGAGGACGAGCUGCUCUCGUCGGCCGAGCUGCGUCUUUUCCGGCAGCAGAUCGACGCAGCCAUUUCAGGAAGCGGGGGGGACGAGGCGGGGCUCCACCGGAUAAACGUGUACGAGGUGCUAAAGCCCCCCCGGGCCGGGCAGCUGAUCACGCGGCUCUUGGACACGCGGCUGGUGCGCCACAACGCCUCACGCUGGGAGAGUUUCGACGUGAGCCCCGCUGUACUACGCUGGACAAGGGAGCACCUGCCCAACCACGGUCUGGCCGUGGAGGUCCAGCCCCUUGACCAGACACCGCACCACCGGGGCCGCCACGUGCGCAUCAGCCGCUCCCUGCAUCAGGAGCCCGGGGAGGACUGGGAACAGCUACGCCCCCUGCUAGUCACCUUUGGCCAUGACGGCAAGGGCCAUCCGUUGACUCGCCGGGCCAAGCGAAGCCCAAAGCAGAGGGGGCGGAAGCGCAACCGCAACUGCCGCCGCCACGCUCUCUACGUGGACUUCAGCGACGUGGGCUGGAAUGACUGGAUAGUGGCGCCCCCUGGGUACCAGGCAUAUUAUUGCCACGGGGAGUGCCCCUUCCCCCUGGCAGACCAUCUGAACUCUACCAACCAUGCCAUUGUGCAAACGUUGGUGAACUCAGUGAACACCAACAUUCCCAAGGCCUGCUGCGUUCCCACGGAGCUCAGUGCUAUCUCCAUGCUCUACCUGGACGAACACGACAAGGUGGUCCUAAAAAACUACCAGGAAAUGGUAGUAGAAGGGUGUGGCUGCCGCUAAACAAUAUGACUAUGGGGAAUUUGAAGCACAGACGAUAUGAAAGUAGGCCUGUCCUACUCCCAAAAACCUUCACUUGGACCCUUAUUUAUAACUUUUAUGUUGAGAUGUAUGUUUGUCUAUUUUUUGUUUUCUUGACAAUAUGAUCAUAUAUUUUGACAAAAUAUAUAUAUUUAUAUCUACAUAUUAAAAAAUAAAAGUGAGUCCUUAUUGUAAACAUAAAUAAAAAGCUGUACAACUUUUCAUAAUGUACUGUAUAUUAGAUUGUAUAAUUUUUUUAAAUGACAAAAUAGUAAAAAAAAAUAGAAUAAUUAAAAAGUAAAGUCUAUUUACUGGUUAUAUUUAUUGCUUUGAUAUUAUAUACAUUUUCAAGAAAAAUUCUAACAAAUUACCUUCCAAUGUUACACACAAGCAGCACAAAUUCUGUACUUAAAUUAGAGCACUGUGUGAAAUUAUCACCUCACUGAUUUGUUAUGAAUCAGAUAAUCAGAAAUUUACAUUACUUUUUAAUUCACCUCUUUACAUUGAUGUUUAAAUCAAUUAUUUUAUUAGGUAAGUCCCUUUUGUUAGAAACAAUAUUUACUAUUUUAAAGAACUGUAUCAGAUAACAUGGGUUGUUAAAGAUGAAAGGUUGACAGCAAAGGGCUAUCUAUUACUGUUUUACAGUAUAUGAGUUUGGAUUUGACACAUGUGUGGGUCUGAUAAUUAGCCUUCUGGCUAUUUGAAAAUGUAUUCAAGUAGCCUCAUUUUUGCAGUUCAUGAUAACAGAGGAAUCUUUCGAAGCUUUGUCUCUCCCAAAUAAAAGAAUGUUCGGUUUCA